GUUUGUGAUACUGUAGAGUUCAUUGUGGAGCCGCAGAGUCGCAAAUUUACACAGCACACCAGAAUAAAUUGGGUUUUGAGAGGGAACUUCAUUUGACUCUUGCAAUCUUAAUUCUCAGUCACUCAGCAACCGUCGCCGGGGUUAAUCGUGUGCCAUUUCGCAAGAAAUUACAAAAAUAAAGACCAAAAAAAAACCCUCAAGAAGAGGGGUCUGCUCCAUUGAUUGUGAAGAGACUCUCGAAAAUAUCGCAAACUCGGUAUUGACAUUUAAAAUUAUACCUCUGUGUCGUACAUCUCUUAUUCGUAUAUUUUUCAUCACUGUGAGAAUCAAAACAAAUAAGACGACGAAACUGAUAAAAGACAUAAAAGUGGUAGUGUUGCAGGUGAGGCGACAUUUAACAGCAAGUUAAUCCGUGAUAGUGUUAAUUAUGCUACAUGGAAUAUAGUGGAUGUAAAAUAGCCAUCAGCAAUCGAUUGUAUUGGCAUUGGUGUUAAUUGAAUUUGAAAGUGUGCUAUCUGUUAAUUAACUGAAAUUACACUCUUGGUGCUUAUAGUUUUACUUGGUGAGCAUAUAAAAAAAUUGGGUUCAUUUGUGUCAAGUUCAGCUACCCAAUUUAGUUGUCAUGUGGGUGAAACCGGUGCACUUUUGACGAUUACGCCAGCAUCUCCAGAGAGAGUCACCAAAGAUUCAGUGUUUGCAUAUUGUCCAUCGUAGACAUCAAACGCGCCCAUUUAGAAUAGUGGCACAACAAAAUAAUGACUCCCAGUUCCAUGUCGACAACGACAACGGAACACCCUUUGAUUCAAAAGCGCCUUGAGUGUUUGGAGGAACUCAACAAAUCCAUUAGCUCUAUAGAAGAUGGUACCUAUUGUCCAGGAACGUUCGACGGAUGGCUUUGUUGGCCGAAUACACAAGCAGGAACUGCAGCAUUUGCACCAUGUCCAGAAUUCGUCACUGGUUUUGACCCCACCCGAUAUGCUCAUAAAGAAUGUGGAAUAGAUGGAGUGUGGUUCAAACAUCCCCUUACUAACAAAACGUGGUCCAACUACACAACAUGUGUUAAUUUGGCUGAUUUUGAAUGGAGGCAGCAAGUCAAUUUAAUAUACGAAACAGGAUAUUCGAUAUCCUUGAUAGCCAUUUUAUUAUCCUUAGUCAUUCUAGGUUAUUUUAGGUCCCUCAAGUGUUCCAGAAUUACAUUACAUAUGAAUCUGUUUUCAUCAUUUGCCGCCAACAAUUCCCUCUGGCUGCUCUGGUAUCGAGUUGUACUAGGAUCGCCUGAGGUUCUAGAGAGAAAUGAAGUUGGCUGUGUUGUUCUCCACCUGGUGCUCCACUAUUUCCUUCUCACAAAUUAUGCCUGGAUGCUAUGUGAGGGCUUUUAUCUCCACACCGUUCUCGUGGCUGCUUUUGUGUCUGAGAAAAAGCUCGUCAAGUGGUUAAUUUGGUUAGGAUGGGGUGCUCCUGCCAUUGUAAUCGUGCAAUAUGGACUACUCAGAGGAUUACAUGGAGAUGAAACAGACACAAUGCAGUGUUGGGCGAAUGAAACCUCAUAUACGAACAUACUUGUUGCUCCAGUGGUUAUAUCAAUGCUACUUAAUCUUUUAUUCCUGUGUAAUAUUGUACGAGUGCUAUUGCUGAAACUGAAAGCUCCAGCAGGACCACACGGUGGUGGUCCAUCUAGAACCGUUCUGCAGGCAUUCAGAGCGACUCUUCUUCUCGUUCCUCUUCUUGGUCUGCAAUAUAUUUUAACACCAUUCAGACCGGCGCCAGGACAUCCAUGGGAGCGCGUUUAUGAGACAGUAUCAGCUUUUACAGCUUCAUUUCAGGGACUUUGUGUUGCUUCACUAUUUUGCUUUUUUAAUGGUGAAGUUAUGGCUCAGGUUAAGAGAAAAUGGAGAACCCUCUUUUUUCGUCCACGAGCGAAUUCCUACACGGCAACUCAAGUUUCGGCACAAAAUCCUAAAUCAAAUAUGGAGCCACAAAGAGACCAUAGAGGAAGGAUAAUUUUAAUGUAGCUAUUUAGAGUUAACCAUCGCGUAAAGUGGAUUUAGUUAAUUUCAAUGUAGCCGCUCGGCUUGCAGUUUGUGCGAUGUGCUCCACAAGUGCCCGGUGAGGAGAAGGUCUGACUAACAGAGUUGAAUAAGAGCGCAGGUAAUGGCAGCACCGUGGACGACGAUAAUCACAAUGAGCGUCUCGAAUUGGUGACAAGAGUAAACGAAGUGACCCAGCAUGUGGAUGCCAAAGAAACACUGAUUCAACAUGGAGCAAAUGCCGAGAAUACGUACCCAUCUACAAGCAACACAACCAAUGGGAGCAGCCACAAAGUAACAUUUAUCAGCAACACCAAUCUUUUGCCACCCUCAUCGAAGGAUGACAGCCUGUAGAAGGGGAGCUAUCAUCGAUGAUAAAUCAAUAAAAUGGUAAUAUCUUGCGGCUCUAAACAUCCAACAGGGGACCACACAAGGUAAAUUGUGCGGUCGUUUUUUGAAAAAAAAAGAGGGAAACUAAAUCUCCAAAAGUGCCAUAGAAAACGUAUAGGCAUAAUGUACAUUAGGAAAUACCUACAUACAUAUAUACCUACAUACUUUACCACCGAAACUUUGAACAAUAAAUUUUAGGAAUUAGUUUACUCGUAGACACCUUGAAGGAAAACAUUGCAAAACGAAUCUGGAAUAAAUUAUUUUUAAUUGAAAAUUCCUGAUUUUUUACUACUUUAAUGCCAAAAAAUUUCAUGCUGUCGCACAAAAUGAGAAAAUUUAAUGAAAUUCAAAUAUGCCACUUUAAUGUAUCACGGGUGUCAACUAGUAAACUUUCCUAAUAAAUAUUGAAAAAAAUCAUCCUUAUUUUAUUUGGAUUAUGCUAUUAUUUUUUCUAUUCCAUCAUCCAAAUAUUUUUUUUUAUUUGCGAUAGUAUUUAAUUCUCUGAAUAAGUAUUUUCUAUAUUUUUUUAGCUUUAUCGUGGCCUAUAUUUUGAAUAGAUAAAUCCUCAAAAAUUUAACAGAAUAGCUGAACAAAAGAGAAAUCAAUAAAUUGUAUAUUCAAUAUAUUCCUUCACUACCCGUGAAGUUCUAUCUAAAAUGGAGAUUUUUCAAAAUAUAUCAGAUGUCAAUGUAAUUAAAUAAUAAUAGUAAUCGUGUUGGGUACUAAAAUCUAAAAAAAAAAUGCCUCAUGAAAAUUUUCAAAAUGAAACGAAUUUAAUGUCACUACUGUAAAAAAACAAACUUCACUCAUCACAAUAAAAAUGUGAAACAGGAUGAUAUUUAUUAUGUAUAGGUACAUUAUGUACCUUUGAGUACUCAGAAUCGCAUUUGAAUUUCGUUUAUAUUUUAUACAACAUAUGUUUUGUAUAUACAUAAAUGUAUUUUAAAUUAUUUACAUAUAAACUUAAUAUUUAAUAAAUGUAUAGAAAAAUAUGAAAUUGUUUAUAUAGUGGCAAAUAAAAUCUUAUUGUGCCGAUUAAGAUUUAUCAAAUGUUGAUAGGCAAAAGAAAUGAAUAUAUUAGGGGCAGAUUUAUGUAGAGUAUCUAUUCUAAAAUAAAAUUUGCCUGCGUUUUGUAUGUUUUUCUAAA